AUGAGCGACCAAAUUCCAAGGGGCGUAUCCACGAAACAUGUCCUGCACUCCGAAAUACUUUUGGUUACGUCUGCGAUGCGCAGGAACUCACGUUGGGCGACCACGACGCAUUUCAUGAGCCCCAGCAGAGACCCGGCAGUAGGAACCAACUUAGGACUUCGGAUAUCAAGCCCUUCAACCCCUACGCUGCUGAGGAUUGACAGGGAAUCAGACCUUAUGGCUGGAUUCCAGGACUUGAAGCGGAUUAUCAGCGAGGCCGAAAGUAUCGAUACCCUGCCACUCCCUACCCUUCUUGCACCAUUCCUUGCCAUAAUACGUUCACCACUCUCGACUGGACCCAUAACUUCCUCUGCAUUAUCAUCCUUGCACCAUUUCUUCGUAUGUGGACUCAUUUCGACCAAUGCCAUGAUGCUGGACACUGCACUUGGGGCACUGAGUAGUGUGGCCUCACAUUGCAAGUUCGAAGCAAGUGACUCGUCUAGCGAUGAAAUAGUUAUCCUCCGAAUAAUGACUGUCAUCCACGACUGCCUAUGUGGUCCGGUCGGUCAAUUUCUAGGCGAUGUCGAAGUCUGCGAAAUGCUGGAGACCGUGCUAACAACUUGCUGUCAAAUGCGACUCAGUGAAACUCUACGGCGAUUUGCUGAGAACAUCUUGCACGGCCUGAUUAGGGCAGUGUUCUUGCGCCUGGCCAGCCUAAAUCCAGUCGCCGAAGAAGCCAAACUACGCGAAGUCGAAGAAGACGCCAGAGAAGCUGACAUCCGUAUGAAUGUAUCCAGUAAGGACGUCCCGAAAAGCCCGGUGCCCGUAGAUGUGCCCCAAGAAGGCACAGCCGAGCCAGCUGCCAACACUCAUACAGCCGCGGCAGAAACAAUCGAGACGCCGCAACCCGAACUUCAACCACCACGCUCUGCUGCAUCACCAUCUAGAUCUGAAUAUGGCCUGCCUUCGAUUCUGGAGCUCCUUCGAGUUCUGAUCAACGUAUUGGACCCAACCGACCAGCAACACACAGAUUCUACGCGUCUCGUCGCCCUCGGCGCCCUGAACAUCGCGUUUGAAGAAUCAGGUAGUUGUAUCAUCCGCUUUCCAUCUUUGGAGGCCCUCAUCGUCGAUCACGGUUGCAAGUUCUUGUUCCAACUGGCUCGUUCGGACAACCCAUACGUCCUCCAGGCUGCUCUUCGCACCAACGCCACUGUCUUCGAUACUAUGCGUCCAAGAUUGAAGCUUCAGCUGGAGUUGUUUUUGGCAUUUACCAUGGACAGGUUGGCCCCAGCACCACCUGCAAACAAGGCUCAAGCCAGCAUGGCGAGAAUGUCUGGAGUGCCUACCUCCCCGUACCCAUCUACGCCAAUACUUGGUGCCCCUCCAGAGUCUGAAGCAGGCGAAGGCACUGCAACGCCGACGCGAGUCCUAGUCGCCCCUGCCCGCGGAGAAACUCGCGACCAAAUCCUCGAGACUCUAAGCCAGCUAUCUAGGAAGUCUAGUUUCAUGGUCGACUUGUACUCUAACUAUGAUUGCGACAUCAAUUGCGAAAACAUGUUCGAAAGACUGAUUGAUUUCCUGACGAAAUCCGUGUACUCGUCUCAGUAUGCUGGCGCCAUAGAUGUUCACCAGAAAAAUGCGCAAUAUCUAUGCUUGGACAUGCUCCUCACGUUUGUCAAUGACAUGGCCACGCGCGCCGAUGGUCCACACACUCCUUGGCCAUCAGAAUACCCCGAGCCAGCUGCCCUUAUGGAAGCCAAAUCUCGGAAACAACUUGUCCUAACCGGGGCCUCGCGGUUCAAUACCAAACCCAAAACAGGCUUGAACUUUCUCGAAGAGAAUAAGCUUAUAUAUGCGGACCUAUCGGCGGAUACAACUAAGGCGCAGAGCUUGGCCAAAUUCCUCAAAGGAUGCAGCCGUUUAGACAAGCGCCUUUUGGGAGAUUUCAUUUCAAAGCCAGAUAAUAUUGACCUCCUGCAUGCGUUCCUUAGUCUCUUUGACUUCAAAGGGAAACAUAUCGCCGAUGCCAUGCGAGAAAUGCUUGAAGCAUUUCGCUUGCCAGGCGAAGCCCAGCAAAUUUCAAGGAUCACAGAGACCUUCGCAUCCAUAUACUUUGCGACGAAGCCAGAGGGCAUCCAAAGCGAGGAUGCAGUUUACGUGCUGGCGUACUCUGUGAUCCUGUUGAAUACCGAUCAACAUAAUCCACAGGUCCAACAAAACAUCUACGAUUCCAUCCGCAAACGGGAGAUUGUUAUGCCAGAAGAGCAUACGGGCCAACUUGGCUUCGAAUACGCCUGGAAAGAGCUUCUUGCGCGUUCACGGAAUUCUGGUGAAUUGCUGAUGUGCAAUAGCUCUUUAUUCGAUGUCAACAUGUUCAAAUUGGUCUGGAAACCGGUUGUUUCAGCGAUAGCAUACGCCUUCAUUAGCUUUGACGAUGACUACAUCAUCCAACGCGCCGUAGCUGGCUUCCGACAAUGCGCUACACUCGCCAGCCGAUUCAAUUUACCCGACGUAUUCGAUUUCGUCGUUGUAUCCCUCUCCCAGGCGACCGGCCUCCUUUCAGAGUCGCUUCCCGCCCAAGUCCCAAAUUAUCCCGUGGUAGAAGUCGAAGGGCAGGCGAUAACUGUUUCCACCCUUUCGGUGAAAUUCGGUACCAAUUUCAAAGGACAAUUGGCAGCAGUCGUCCUAUUCAAUAUAGUCAAUGGAAAUGGCAACGCUCUUCGUGAAGGGUGGACCCAGAUAUUCGAGAUGUUCCAGAACCUAUUCUUGCACUCUCUGCUACCGACACGUAUGCUUCAAAUGGAGGACUUCCUGGGUGGCGUUUCUAUGAUUCCCUUGCGCGGUAGUCAACCAGCUCGUCAGCAACACCGGAACGACACCGGUCUCUUGUCUGCGCUAUCCUCAUAUCUCAUGACGCCAUACGGCUCCAGCUCCGAUUAUCUCGUCCCUGAUGCUACAGAAUCUGACGUCGAGAACACGCUUUGUACGAUUGACUGCAUUACAUCAUGUAGGCUCGACGAGCUCUACAGCCAGAUCAUGCAACUGGAUUCCGACGCUCUCGUUGCUGCUACUCGGGCAUUGGAGGCGCUCGCCCAUGAAAGAACUGUCGCUAGAUUUAAACAAGAGUCUGACGAUGGCACUAUAGAAAUCGACGGCGAGGCAUUCGCUCUACCCUAUGAUCCGGCUUCGGUAUUUCUGCUCGAAACCAUGGCUAGCAUUGCAUGCCAAAAUAGCAGUCUGAUCGAUGAACUUUGGCCAAUUGUCUUUGAGCAUUUAUCUGCAGUGGUGUCUUCAGCGAAUCAUUAUAGUGUUCUGCUUGUCGAGAGAGCGAUAGUUGCUUUCCUUAGAUUGUGCCUCAUUCUUGCAACCAAGGCCUCGCUUCGAGAUCAAGUUUAUGUAUCGUUCGAUCUCCUUGCUGGGUUACCCGCCAAUGUUGCCGCUGCUGUCGCAGAACAAGUGGUCUCGGGAGUGGUUCUCUUAAUGCAAAAGUAUCCGGAAGUAGCCAGGUCCCAGACGGAAUGGAAUAUCGUCUUCGCUCUCCUUCGAUCCAUCAUGCCAAACCCUGAAGCAUCUCGGCUCUCCUUCGAGUUCAUCGUUAGUCUAGCAAGCGACGGACCAAACCAAGUUGUCACUCCAGAUAGUUUCGCCGGGCUCGUCAUGAUUCUAGACGACUUCGCUACAGCUGCUGGGAAGGCCAUCGAAAGUCAACAGACGAAGGGUCGUCAGAAGCAGCAAUUGACGUCAGCACAGUCACCUAUAAUCGAACGAGGGCGAAAAGCGGUCGAUUUAAUAUCCGAACUGAAGAAAUUCAUGUCUGUGUUCUUGGAUUCAAACAUACCGCAAGGCCAAGUAUGGUACCAGUACUGCUUCCCCCUCAUGAACUCUCUGGGAAGACAGUCGACCAAUGCCGCAAGAGAAGUUCGCUACAGCGCGCUCAGCCAGCUACAACGGCUACUCCUUGGACCCUAUAUGGUGUUCGAGAAUAUUAAUCCCAUUCAAGUCGAGGAGAUAUUUAAUCGCGUGCUAUUUCCAUUGUUGGACGACCUAGUGAAGCCGCAAGUAAACGAGCGUGACCCACAAGGGAUGCCAGAAAGCCGCUUGAGAGCCGCCACCUUCCUCUGCAAAGCCUUCAUGCACUUUGAAGUCCGGGAGAGCCAGGCGGACGCGGACAUACGCAUAGUCUGGAUUCAAGUCCUGGAUUUGUUGGACCGUUUGAUGAAUGUAGACAAGUCUGAACCAUUAUAUGAAGCUGUACCGGAAUCGCUGAAGAAUGUGCUGUUGGUCAUGAACGCUGCCGGUCUCCUUGUGCCUCCUCCGUCAGAAGAGGAUCAACGGACGGAACGCCAACGUACGGUAUGGACGUCGACACACGAGCGCAUGGAACGCUUCUUGCCAGGUUUCCUAUCAGACGUUAUCCCACCUCCCCGAACGUCGGCAUCCGCACAACCCACGUAG